AUGAUCUCUAUGGGUUGGGUUUUUUCCCCCAAUGUAAAAAACUGGGUCAACUUGGCUCUCUGCUCCUCCCAUUCGACACACAGCUGCAUCUUCUCAUGCAUUGCCAGCUGCAUCGCUGAGGUAGUGAAGGUGAAGGCCAGAGUCAACGGAUUUGGUCGUAUUGGGUACCUGGUCACCAGGGUUGCUUUUAACUCUGGAAAAGUGGAUAUUGUCGCCAUCAAUGACCGCUUCAUUGACCUCAACUACAUGGCUGCGAAUGGGAAGCUUGUCAUCAGUGGAAAUCCCAUUACCAUCUUCCAGGAGCGAGAUCCCUCCAAAAUCAAAUGGGGCAAUGCUGAUGCUGAGUACGUUGUGGAGUGCACUGGUGUCUUCACCCCCAUGGAGAAGGCUGGGGCUCACUUGCAGGAAGGAGCCAAAAGGGUCAUCAUCUCUCCCCACUUUGUUGACGCCCCCAUGUUAGUGAUGGGCAUGAACCAUGAGAAGUAUGACAACAGCCUCAAGAUCAUCAGCAAUGCCUCCUGCACCACCAACGGCUUAGCGCCCCUGGCCAAUGUCAUCCAUGACAACUUUGGUAUCGUGGAAGGACUCAUGACUACAGUCCACACCAUCACUGCCACCCAGAAGACUGUGGAUGGCCCCUCUGGGAAACUGUGGCGUGACGGCUGCAGGGCUCUCCAGAACAUCAUCCCUGCCUCUACUGGUGCUGCCAAGGCUGUGGGCAAGGCCCUCUCUGAGCUGAAUGGGAAACUCACUGGCAUGGCCUUCUGUGUCACCACUGCCAAGGUGUUGGUCAUGAACCUGACCUGCCAUCUGGAAAAACCUGCCAAAUAUGAUGACAUCAAAAAGGUGGUGAAGCAGACGUUGGAGGGCCCCCUCAAGGGCAUCCUGGGCUACACUGAGCACCAGGCUGUCUCCUCCGACUUCAACAGCAACACCCACUCUUCCAUCUUCAAUGUUGGGGCUGGCAUUGCCCUCAACAACCACUUUGUCAAGAUCAUUUCUUGGUAUAGCAAUGAAUUUGGCUACAGCAACAAGGUCGGGGACCUCAUGGUCCACAUGGCCUCCAAGAGUAAGACCACCAGACCACCAGCCCCAGAGAGAGCAUGA